AUGUCUGGCAUCGAUCGACAUGGACAUACAUCCUCAUCUGAGUCCAAACCCUUACGCAGCAAAGCAGGUUGGACCCUCGGAAGUAUGUGGAACCCUCCAGACGAUUCUGAGCUUUCACUCGACAUAGAUGGGAGCAGUUACGAGGACCAGAUGAAUGCAGAAGUGUUUGAAAGUACCAUCUUCCACAACACAAAGGAACCUCAAAAGGCAACGAGGUCAAAAGUUUCGGUGAGUGGCAAGUCUUUGGAAACCAGCUUAUGUGCUGAGGACGGUUGGAAGAGGCGGCCACAUUUGGUGUGGAAGGAGCAGUUCAGAUCAGGUUUAUCUAGACUGAGGUUACUCGCCACGACGGAUGAGGAGACGCUCGCCAGAAUCUGA